AUGAAUCAAUCAAUGGGCAUCAACAAUACUGCAGAUAUACAUGGAGAUAUCCAAGGCAGCAUCGUUGCUGUCACCACGAUUGCCGUCCUGGUCUUUGCCGUGAUCCUUCAACUCUACACCCGUUUCAAGCCGCAUGCUGUAGACAAGUCCUUACCAGGUCCCAAAAGGCACCCACUGAUUGGAAUCCUAAAAUUCAUGCUGGAGUACGGUGAUCGCAUGUACAUGGCGGAUCUCGAGUUUUGUGCCAAGUACCAGUCUACAUGGGGUGGCCCAGUACCCAAGCUUGGUGCCAUGAGUGGGUCCUACUUUGUCAUCUCGGAUGAAAAGAACAUGGAACAUGUGCUUGGCAGCAAUUUUGAUAACUAUGAAAAAAGUGAUCUCGUGCAAAGUGUGUUCUCGGAACUUUUGGGAAACGGAAUCUUUGUGGUGGAUGGACCAACAUGGUAUCACCAUCGAAAGAUUGCCUCCCGCAUGUUCUCUACAAAUCUAGUACGAGAGGGUUCCAAAGUCACUUUGAAGAAAGUGCAAGAGCUGUCAGCUCUCCUCAAUGCUGCCUCAAGCACUGGAAAGGAAAUUGACAUUCAAGAUUUCUUUUUUCGCAUGACCUUUGAUAUCACAUGUGUCGUGUCAUUUGGGGUAGAAUAUGGAAGCCUCCAGAGUGAAACACAACAUCCUUUUGCCCUAGCAUUUGAUGAAAUGCAAGAACUCAUGGUUGAGCGAUUGGGAGAUCCUUUGUUUGAGCUGAAACGGUUCUUCAAUGUUGGCCCAAGAGAAAAAAGGAUCCGUGAGCUCAAGGUCAUUCUUGAUGAGAAUGCCAAGGAAAUCAUUCAGGGGCGAAGACGAACAGCCAAGGACGGGACACUUGGCCCGGACAUUCUCAGUCGAUUCAUGGAUUAUGCCACCAAUCAGAAUGACCCCAUUUCAGAUGAAGAGCUAAGGGAUAUCAUUUUGAAUUUCUUGGUGGCUGGCCGUGACACCACUGCUGUGGCUCUCUCCUGGGCACUCUUUGAGCUCUGCAAGCAUCCUGAAAUAGUGGCGAACAUGCUGGAAGAGGCAAAUGAAAUCUGUGGCAGGAUCGAUGGCGACAACGAUGGAGAUUACUCAUUUGACACAAUUCAAAAGCUGAAAUACAUUGAUGCUGUUGUCAUGGAGGUUCUUCGGCUUCAUCCCUCUGUUCCCAAGCAAUCCAAGUAUGCUGUCGAUGAUGACAUCCUACCUGAUGGAACCUUUAUCCCCAAUGGAGCCAUGGUGUCAUAUACAGCACUAGCUAUGGGAAGGAGCAUUCGUGCUUGGGGUAGUGAUGCUGGCGAGUUCAAGCCGACAAGGUUUUUCCAACAAAGGGAGCCCUCAGUGUUUAGAAACAUUGUCUUCAAUGCAGGAAAGAGGAUGUGUCUUGGAAAACCUAUGGCUAUCAACACACUCAAGUUGGCACUGGCUUAUCUGGUCCAAAGAUUUGAAUUUAAAGAUAUUCAAGGACAUGAUGGCACCCUUAUACCCUUUCCAUUAAUCUCCAAGAUGAAGGGUGGCUUCCCCAUCCAAGUUGCAGGAAGGGAAACGUGA